CUAUUUUGCAGAUCAUUUACUCAUCUCCCUGUAAAAGUAAUCCCUUCACACGCCUUCGAAGGACUUAGAGAUGCCUUCAUCAUUGAAAUCUCUCAGAGCGACUCCCUAGAAAGAAUAGAAGCGAGUGCAUUUGACAACCUUCCCACUUUGUCUGAAAUAUUAAUCUUGAACACAAAAAAUCUCUUGCACAUUGAGGAUGGAGCAUUCAGAAACCUUCCAARGCUAAAAUACUUGAGCAUUUGUAAUACGGGAAUAAGAGAAUUUCCAGAUCUGACGCAGAUCUUCUCAUUAGAAGCUCAUUUUAUUUUGGAGCUCUGUGAUAAUCUGCGUAUGACAACUAUCCCUCGAAAUGCUUUCCAAGGGAUGAGCAAUGAAUCACUGACACUCAAAUUAUAUAAAAAUGGAUUUGAAGAUAUCCACAGUCACGCCUUCAAYGGGACAAAGCUCAAUCAAUUAAUUCUGAAGGACAAUAAAAACCUCAGGAGAAUACACAACGACGCCUUGAGGGGGGCCACAGGGCCAGAUGUUCUGGAUAUUUCUUCAACAGCUCUGGAAUCCCUGCCUAGUUAUGGACUGGAGGCUAUUCAAGUCUUAAACGCAACAUCAUCUUACUCUUUAAAGAGACUGCCACCACUGGAUAAAUUCAGUAACCUUCUGGAAGCUGUUUUAACUUAUCCCAGCCACUGCUGUGCUUUUAGAAAUAUAAGGACUGAAAAGCCAAAUUCCUUGCUUUCCAUUUUUGACAACUUCUCUAAAGAGUGUGAAAGCACCAUGAGGAAAUCAGCUAAUGAAAUAUUCUACAGGGAUGACUCUUACAACGCAUCGCUGUGGUCACUGGAAAAGGACACGGCCUCGUUGGCAGCGGACGAAGAAGCCUCUCCUUACAGCUAUUCAGCUCUUUUUGACGAGGACGAAAUGGCUGCCUUAGGUUUUGAGUAUGACUUUUGUCAACCGAAGAUACUCACGUGCACUCCRGAGCCAGACGCGUUCAAUCCCUGCGAGGACAUCCUGGGCUACAGCUUUCUCCGAAUCCUCAUCUGGUUUAUAAACCUCCUGGCGAUCGCCGGCAAUUUCACGGUGCUGCUCGUCCUCCUGACGAGCCACUACAAGCUCACGGUCCCGCGCUUCCUCAUGUGCAACCUCUCCUUCGCCGACUUCUGCAUGGGGCUCUACCUGCUGCUCAUCGCCGCCGUGGACGCGCAGACCAGCGGCCAGUACUACAACCACGCCAUCGAGUGGCAGACGGGCAGCGGCUGCGGCACGGCCGGCUUCUUCACGGUGUUUGCGAGCGAGCUGUCGGUGUUCACGCUGACCGUGAUCACCGUGGAGAGGUGGUACACCAUCACCUACGCCAUGCGGCUCGACAGGAAGCUGCGGCUGCGCCACGCCGUGCCCGUCAUGCUGGGCGGCUGGCUCUUCUCCAUCGCCAUCGCCRCCAUGCCCCUGCUGGGGGUCAGCAGUUACAUGAAGGUCAGCAUCUGCUUGCCCAUGGACGUUGAGACGGCGCUUUCGCAAGCCUACAUAUUGACUGUCUUGGUGUUAAACGUUGCGGCCUUUGUUGUCAUCUGCGCUUGUUACGUUAAGAUUUACAUAGCCGUUCAAAACCCGGAGCUGGUGGCUGCCAAUAAAGACACCAAGAUCGCCAAGAGAAUGGCCAUCCUCAUCUUCACCGAUUUCACCUGCAUGGCCCCCAUUUCCUUUUUUGCCAUAUCCGCCGCCUUCAAAGUGCCUCUCAUCACAGUGACCAACUCCAAGAUUUUGCUGGUUUUAUUCUACCCGGUGAACUCCUGCGCGAACCCCUUCCUGUACGCGAUUUUCACCAAGGCCUUCCGAAGGGAUUUCUUCCUGCUGCUGAGCAGGCUGGGCUGCUGCAAGAGCCGUGCCGAGCUCUACAGGAUGAACUACUUCUCCGCCUACACCUCCCACUGCAAAAACGGCCCCAGCAAAGCGCCACGAGCGCUGCUGCUCCUCUCCGCCCUCGAGAAGCCCUUCCCAGCGGUGCGGGACGCGGCCGCGCGCAAGGAAAGUUAA